GCAUCCACUUGCCAGUGCCAAACUCCAUCUCGCGGCCCUGGCUCGUCAUAGACCGCUCCCCAUAAAAGCACUUACUGUGCGGAAAACCCGAUUGGAUUGAGUCUCAGGAUGGUUGUUCUUGCGGCGUCAAUAUGCACGAAGGGCGGCAAGGCCGUUGUGUCACGGCAAUUCCGUGAAAUGACAAGAGCCCGGAUCGAAUCACUCCUUGCAUCCUUCCCGAAGUUGAUACCCACGAAUACCCAGCAUACUACUGUCGAGACCGCCGAUGUCCGUUAUGUCUACCAGCCGCUGGAAGACCUGUACAUCCUCCUCAUCACGAACAAAGCUUCGAAUAUCCUACAAGACAUCGACACUUUGCAUCUCUUCGCGAGGGUUGUGUCCGACCUGUGCAGGAGCGCGGAUGAGCGGGAAAUAUCAAAGAAUGCGUUUGAGCUGCUGAGUGCCUUCGAUGAGAUUGUGAGCCAAGGCUACCGGGAGCCCAUCAACCUCAUGCAGGUUAGGAGCGUGUUGGAAAUGGAGAGUCACGAAGAGAAGAUUCAGGAAAUCAUCUCGCGAAACAAAGAAGCUGAGGCCAAGGAAGAACUCAAGCGUCGGGCCAAGCAGCUCGAGAUGCAGCGACGUGAGAUGCAAAAGCGGAAUGCUGGUGCGCCCAGCAGCAGCUAUAUGGGUGGUGGUGUCACUGGAUACUCCCCCGUAUCACGAUUUGAGCCACCUUCUGAAACCACGCCCGCCCGUACUGCCUCCCCGGCUCCCUCGUCGUUGCGAGCACCCGCAUUCAAGGGCAGCGGUAUGAAGUUGGGCAGCAAGAAGACGAGGCAAGCAGAGCUCAUGGACGCUCUUGGAGCUGAGAUCCCUACACCCGAAGACAUUUCGGUGCCUCCGACGCCAGUGGUUGCAGCCACUCCUGAGCCCAUCCGCAAAGAAGCGCGGGGCAGUUUACCUCCUGUUACCACUGAAAGCGUACAUAUGAUCAUCAAGGAGCAAAUAUCGCUGUCACUGGUUCGGGAAGGUGGACUGAAGUCGAUGGAAUUGAAGGGUGACCUCAAUCUCCAUAUAUCGGAUCCCGACUUGGCUCGCGUGAAAAUCCAUCUCUCCCCUCCGAACACCGACCUGGGGAAUGAGUUGCAGUUCAAGCAACACCCGAAAGUCGAGAAAUUCGCUCCUUCGAAGGAGCGUGUUAUCGCUUUAAGAGACCCCUCAAAAGGAUUCCCGGUAGGCCAGGCGCUAGCUGUUUUAAGAUGGAGGUAUGCGGGGACCGAUGAAAGCCUGGUACCGCUGUCUAUUAACUGCUGGCCGACGCCGAACAAUGAUGGCACAUGCGAUGUCAAUAUCGAGUAUGAACUGGAGAACCAAAACAUCACACUGUAUGACGUUGUCAUUUCGAUCCCUCUUCCGGCUGGGUCUUACCCCACAGUGUCUUCCCACAAUGGGGACUGGGCUCUCAACCCCUCCGGCCAUUCGUUAGACUGGAGCAUCGCCAAAAUCUCUCCAGACGAGAGCUCUGGUUCCCUGGAAUUCAAUGUUGCUGGAGAUGAUGCGGGUGCAUUCUUCCCCGUCAAGGCUACCUUCAUCGGACAGGGUAGCGUGGCUGGUGUACAUGUCUCUUCGGUGACUCAGCUGGAUAAUAACGAGGAGAUCGUCUUCUCCGAGGACGCUACUGUUACUGCAGAGGACUAUUUGAUUGUUUAGACACCUGUAUAUUGAACGUGCCAUACAUUAUCAUGGGCUGACGUGGAUCCUCCCUGCG